AUGGGUAAGAUUGUAUUAACCGGUUCAACUGGUGCCCUUGGCUCGAGAGUUUUACGCUUUCUACUAAAGUUCGGUGUUGAUCCAAAAAAUGUGAUUAUUUCUGUUUAUAAUCCUAAUGGGGUCGAUUCUCAAAUAGAGAAGAUCGUAUUCGAUGUACGUCAUGGUGAUUAUAAGAACAAAGAAACACUUGAAAAAGCUUUUCAAGGCGGGGAAAUGUUAUUCCUAAUUUCGUCAAUUACAGUCAACAAGGAGCAACGAAUUGAAGAGCAUCGAAAUGCGAUUGAUGCAGCUAGGAAUGUAGGUAUCAGACAUAUCUGCUACACAAGUACGAUCCUCGCAGAUGCAGUAGACGUGGAUAUAAUGAAUGCACAUUUGCAUACAGAGAAUUUACUGAAAUCCUCGUCGCUUAAAUAUACAAUUAUUCGUGAAGGUUUCUAUUCCGAAGUGUUUCCGCUUUUUCUCGGACAUUUCGAUGCUAAGACGACUAACGAGAUUGUUAUACCAGCUGACGGCGGAAUUUGUUUCGUUUCAAGGGAUGAUCUAGCUGAAGCAACUGCGAAAAUAUUAAUCGAAACAACGGAUAUUUACGACAAUCAAACUGUUGUGCUAACUGGUUCGAAAGCUUACACAUUGAGGGAAACCGCUUCGAUUGUUUCGAAUGUCUUGAACCGUCAUAUCCCGAUAAAAAUUGUUUCAUUUGAAGAAUACGUUGUUCAACAUUCGAAAACUCAUAAUGAAGUAUGGAUGAAAAUAUGGGCUGAAAUUCACCUGGCUGUACAACGUGGUGAUCUUGCACAGAGUGAUAUGACAUUGGAGAGAUUAUUGGGACGAUCGCCGAAAAGUUUCGAAGAAACUGUUCGAGAAAUGUUAACGAACACCGAGAAGGACAAGGAGGAAACACAAAUUAAUAAUCGGUAUGUUCACGCAUCGACAAUCGACAAUAAAGCUUGA